CCGGGUCCCGCGCGCCGCUGCCCCUCCGGGCGGGCCUCGGCGGAGCGGCGGACGGGCGGCCCAGGGCGAGGUUUCAUAUGUUCCUCUGAAGACACAAGUGAUUUUCCAGAUCAUAGUUUUCUGCUAUGAUUUGACUUGGAGCCAAGAAUUUGGAGAAUUUCUGCAGCUUCAGACUUUCUGAGGUACAUCCGACAGAAAGCUUCACCUUUUGAGGAAUUUUGCAUUUUGCCAGUCAUCUCUUAUAACCGGGUGCCAAAGAAGGACUCCAUGAAAGAUGACAGAAGAAGUGAUUGUUAUAGCCAAGUGGGACUACACAGCCCAGCAAGAUCAGGAGCUGGACAUCAAGAAGAAUGAGCGUCUGUGGCUGCUGGAUGACUCCAAGACAUGGUGGCGGGUGAGGAAUGCAGCCAACAGGACGGGCUAUGUGCCAUCCAACUACGUGGAGAGGAAGAACAGCCUCAAGAAGGGUUCCCUAGUAAAAAACCUGAAGGACACACUGGGCCUUGGGAAGACCCGCAGGAAGACGAGCGCACGCGAUGCAUCCCCAACGCCCAGCACCGACUCCGAGUUCCCAGCCAACGGUGGUCCCGGCCCCGGCAGCGCUGACCGCAUCUACGACCUCAACAUCGCAGCUUUGGUCAAGUUUGCCUAUGCAGCUGAGCGCGAGGAUGAGCUGUCACUGGUCAAGGGCGCACGAGUCACUGUCAUGGAGAAAUGCAGUGAUGGCUGGUGGCGGGGUAGCUGCAAUGGCCAGGUGGGCUGGUUCCCGUCCAACUACGUGCUGGAGGAGGUGGACGAGGCCGUGGCAGAACCCCUGGGCUGCCCAGGCCUGCGCCAGGCUACCGUGCUCAGCAACGGGCAGGGUGCCAGGGCACUGCACCUGGUGCAGACGCUGUACCCCUUCAGCUCGGUCACCGACGAGGAGCUCAAUUUCGACAAGGGGGAGACCAUGGAGGUGAUCGAGAAGCCCGAGAACGACCCCGAGUGGUGGCGGUGCAAGAACGCGCGAGGCCAAGUGGGCCUGGUCCCCAAGAACUACGUGGUGGUCCUCAGCGAUGCACCCACCCUGCACCCCGUGCUCACGCCACCCAUCAGUGUCAGCUACGCAGGUCCUGCCUGCAGUGGGCGCUUCGCGGGCCGGGAAUGGUACUACGGCACCAUAACGCGACACCAGGCUGAGUGCGCCCUCAACGAGCGAGGCGUGGAGGGUGACUUCCUCGUGAGGGACAGUGAGUCCUCGCCCAGUGACUUCUCCGUCUCUCUCAAAGCAUCAGGGAAGAACAAGCACUUCAAGGUGCAGCUUGUGGACAAUGUCUACUGCAUCGGGCAGCGGCGGUUCCACACCAUGGACGAGUUGGUGGAGCACUAUAAGAAGGCGCCCAUCUUCACCAGUGAGCAUGGGGAGAAGCUCUACCUCGUCAGAGCACUGCAGUGACCACCACACCUUGCUGGAUAAGGGGCAGCACACGCUGGAGAGUGCUUCUGCAGCCUCCCCUGUUGGGUGGUUGGUCUUUUACUGGCUCACUUGUAACCCUGGCCCGGUUGCUUUAUUUUCCACUCGCCUUCCCUUCGCCAUCCUAGGCCCCUCUCCCCAUGUGCAAGCCCAUUCCCAUCCUGGCCAGCUUUAGGGAAUGGGGAGUGGGAUGGUGGGGUGGUCUCUCCUCAUUCCCUCUACACGGGAAACAAACAGCCUUAGUCUGUGCGAAAGGUUGAUGCUCACAGAGCCCCUCACUCGAGAGACAGGCGCCGUUGGAACACACAAAGCUGCUGUUCUCCCAUGAACUGUUCAGCACGCCUGAAAAGCAGAGCUGGUGGACAGCAUCCAUGAAGGUCCCCGUCCCAGCAGCUCUCGUCCAUCUCCUUGUCUCCAAGUGGCUCCUGGAUUGUCCAGGGAGUGAACAUGUUUGCUGGUAGCAAUACUGGACCCAGCAGGUGAGGUCGCCUCGAGAGACUGCCCAGUGCCUUUGGGGCUGUGCUUGCAAUAAAGACAGGAUUUCCUCGAAAGUCAUUCUCCGAGAGAGGUGACUGGGAAAGACAGAUGUUUUAGUAAUUUACCCCCCAGAUGUGCCAUCCACAUAGUGCUUUCUUCCUCUUGCCCUUUGGCUUGUUUAAAUUUCACAAUUAUGUAUUUAAUUCUCAAAGUAAUAUGUAUCUGUAGCCAUUUGUUGACACUAAUGCAGAUGAUUAUGGAAACAGCUGAUCUUUGGGGAAGGGAAGCUACCAGUACUUUACACACAAACAAACACACACACACACACACACACACACACAUAUAUAUAUCGAUAUAUAUAUAUCGAUAAAUAUAUAUAUAUAUAUAUUAUUUGCUUUACAGGGAAAUUUUUCAGGGUUUACAAAAGAAUAUGUGAUUGGUAGUAAGAGACACAGAAUGUUGAUGAGAAAAUUGCAUUUUCUUUUUUUUUCCAUUACAUUUGAACUUCUUCAUAGUUUAAAUAUACACUCCUAGGGUGGCACAUUCCUACAAUUGAAGAAGGGGUCUUGAUACCCCCCUAAACUUGCAUACUCCGUUUUUUGGAUAUUGUAAUAAAAAAAAGCAUUAUGACAAA